GCAGUGCAGGUUUCAAGUGUCCCCAAAGCAGUUGCCAACACUUCUCUUCUCACAAAACAAAACAAAACAAAACAAAACGAAAAACAGAACUAAACAUUUCAAACAGCAACACAAUGACGACCGUAACAGGAGAAUCAGUUGGAAUCGACUUGGGGACCACCUACAGCUGUGUUGGUGUCUGGCAAAACGAUCGCGUCGAGAUUAUUGCCAACGACCAAGGCAACAGAACCUCGCCCAGCUACGUGGCCUUCAACGAUACUGAACGCCUCAUUGGAGACGCAGCAAAAAGCCAAGCUGCAAUGAAUGCCACAAACACGGUGUUUGACGCCAAGCGCUUGAUUGGGCGCAAAUUUAGCGACCCAAGUGUGCAAGCCGACAUGAAACAUUGGCCCUUCACAGUCAAGGCUGGCCCCGGUGGUGCUCCAAUCAUUGAGGUUACAUACAAGGGAGAAAAGAAAACAUUCAAGGCGGAAGAGAUUUCUUCAAUGGUCCUUGGGAAGAUGAAAGAAGUCAGUGAAGCCUACCUGGGCAAGGAAGUGCAGAACGCCGUCAUUACGGUGCCAGCCUACUUCAAUGACAGCCAGCGUCAGGCGACCAAGGACGCAGGAGCCAUUGCCAACCUGAAUGUGCUUCGAAUUAUCAACGAGCCAACAGCCGCAGCCAUUGCGUAUGGCCUUGACAAGAAGGGAGCAGAGAAGACUGUCUUGAUCUUUGAUCUGGGUGGUGGAACCUUUGAUGUUUCUCUCUUGACAAUCGACGACGGCAUCUUUGAAGUGAAGGCAACAGCUGGUGAUACCCAUUUGGGCGGAGAAGACUUUGACAAUCGCAUGGUGGACUACUUCCUACAAGACUUCAAACGUCGCUUCCGCAAAGACAUGUCCAAGAAUCAACGUUCUCUUCGCCGUCUACGAACCGCGUGUGAAAGAGCCAAGCGCACGCUGUCUUCGUCGACCCAGGCACAUAUCGAACUCGACUCUUUGUUCGAUGGUAUUGAUUACAAUGCCACAAUAACCCGCGCCCGAUUUGAGGACCUCUGCAUGGACUACUUCAAGAAGUGCUUGGAGCCUGUGGAGAAGGUACUCAAGGACUCUGGCAUGGCAAAGAGCCAAGUCAAUGAGAUUGUAAUGGUUGGCGGAAGCACUCGCAUACCCAAGAUUCAAUCCAUGUUGUCUGAUUACUUUAAUGGAAAGGAACUUUGCAAGUCUAUCAAUCCCGAUGAAGCUGUUGCCUAUGGCGCCACAGUCCAGGCUGCGAUUUUGUCUGGAGGUGCGGCUAAAUCGGACAAGCUCAAUGACGUCCUCUUGUUGGACGUGACUCCUCUUUCCCUUGGUUUGGAGACGGCUGGUGGUGUCAUGACCACUUUGAUCAAACGCAAUGCGACAGUCCCCACAAAGAAGUCACAGAUCUUUUCCACGUACGCGGACAACCAGCCUGGCGUGUUGAUCCAAGUCUUUGAGGGCGAGAGGACCAUGACCAAGGACAACAACUUGCUCGGAAAGUUCAGUCUCGACGGUAUUCCACCAAUGGCUCGCGGACAGCCCCAGGUGGAGGUGACUUUUGACCUGGAUGCGAACGGAAUUCUCAACGUGUCGGCGGUAGAAAAGUCGACGGGCAAAGAGAACAAGAUCACAAUCACCAAUGACAAGGGACGCUUGUCUCAAGAGGAGAUUGACAAAAUGAUCUCCGACGCGGAAAGAUUCAAGGCUGAAGAUGAUGUCAACAGAAACAGGAUCGAAGCCAAGAAUUCCUUGGAGAACUACAGCUACAUGCUGAAGACUUCGAUCAGUUCCGAUGAGGUCAAGAACAAGAUUCCCGCGGAGGAAAAGGCCAAGCUAGAAGGCGCCAUCGAGGACACUAUCAAAUGGCUUGACUCCCACAGUUUCGCCGAAGUUGAAGAGUACGAAGAAAAGCGAAAGGCGUUGGAAAGUAUUGCAAACCCAGUCUUGCAGCAAAUGGCUGGUGGAGCCAGUGGAGUGCCUGACAUGAAUGCGGCGGCUGCCAAUCCUGGAGCGGCUAGUGGCCCUGAAAUCGAGGAAAUCGACUAAAACCCGUAUCAAACACAUGGACUCAGACCAGGAUCAAGCAAACCCUUGAACCAAUGGGAGCUAGCAGUUCCAGGUACUGGCAGGUUGUAGGAAAGAAUAAAAUAGUAUUCGCAAGAAAUUAGUACACAGUAAACAAACAGAUUGAAUUCGACUUCAGGUAGCU